AUGUUACGGACGGUCAAGAAAAACAUAAAAAGUUCUGUGCCACAUGAAGACUUUAUGGCUGAAAUGACAGUCCAGAGAAAUGCCAAUGCAUUCUUUGACAGAUUUGACAGAACUGAUUUACAAGAACUUUUGGCCCAUACCAUCUCCAGCUGGCUUGUGUCUGUAGAUGAUGUUCACCUACCUCUCCAACUUCCUAGCGGUUUGAUAACUCAGCUGAAAAAUUUCACCAAACCAAAUGUUCUACUUUUAGUUCCAGUUGACAAUGAUGUCUCUUUGGAUUGUCGCGAGGUUCACCAGAUCCUGAGGGAGCUUGUUUUUGGAAUUUACUGUUUUCACCAAGUGCCAUCAAUCUCCCUCGAUGCCAACUAUGACAGCAGUACAUCAUGCCAGUUACCCCCUGCAUACUAUGACACUCGGGUAGGGCAAGUAAUGAUCAGCGUAGAUUACAUGAUAAAGGCUCUAUGGCAUGGUGCCUACAUGUCAAAGGAAAAAAGGACAAGGUUCUCUGAGAUUUGGAGAUCUGUCAUGGACAUUGACCCAAAUGGACAUCCUCAAACUAAGAAAAACAUUUUUUCAGAGUUCUCUUCAGCAGAUCUAAUCGAUAUUUCCAGUGAACCAGACUUUGAUGGCAUAUACUCACAUAGCUUUGACUUGGAUCCAACUUAUGAACCAAAUAAACAAGAAGAAAAAAACCUCUUUAUGCAAUAUGCGAACAACAUGACAAUAAAGAUGACGUGCUUUACUGCUCAGGUGCAGCAGUACGAGAACUUGUUUGUAUAUGAUGCCUCAUACAUGUUGUCGAAUGUAAUAAGACUGACAGAGGAAUACAUGGACUCUGCAACAUAUCAGCGUCUCCAACAGAGGCUAACCAUUCAUCAGAAGCUUGUGAAAGAAAAUCUCGAGAAAAAAGCAGAAAUACGCAAAAACAUUGCCUACCUGAAACUCAUCAGUUUUCUCGUGCCAUAUUUACUGGGAAUGAAAAAGAAGAUGAAAGUGCCAGAUCUCAGUCGCCUUUUACAACCAUACUCUGAUGAUAAAGUAAAGACUGAGCGUGAAUUGCCUCCACUAAUGCUGGGAGAAGAUUUUAAGUGCCAACAUUUUCAGUAUACAUCAAAUGAGUAUUUUCACCUACAUGGAGGAAUCGAAUUUGACCUGGGAACACCAGCUCUUCAAAGUGUGUCAGCAGAAAUAAAGGAGGCUUAUAAAGACAUACUGGAUACGGCAACAAAGCACAUAAAUGACCUGCUUGAUCUUGAUACAACUUACAAGGAACACUUCCCUCUUCCUGUCAAAAAUAUUAAAGGAAAGAGGUACUAUAUGAUUGCAAUCCAGCUUGAAGACUUUUAUCAAACAAUGCAGAAAAAGCAGUGGUGGGGAGCGGUUAAUGGAAUAAUAAGCACAAUGAAGCCCAAAAGGCUUCCACUGACUGACAUUCAGCUCCACGAACAAUUCAAGAAGAAGUUUGGAUAUAAAAAGGCACUAAAGUGCAAGAACAUAGUGUUUGGAUUAAAAGCUGCCACAGAGAGGGGACUAACCGCCAUCUUCUACACUUUUUGCCGUAAAACUCCUAUUUCUGGGCUGAAUAUACUUGAUGAUGGCGGCUAUUCUAUAUUACACCAUGCGGCUUUACAUAAUAGAGUGGCAAUUGUUUCCCAGUUAGCAAAAGCUGGUGUGGAUUUAAACCAACAACGAAGUAAUCCUUCCAAUACACAAGGACCCACAGCCUUACACUUGGCAGCUCAGUGUGGCUCACUUGAAGUUCUUUCUUGCCUGCUGGCUUUAAAGGCAGAUUACAAGUUAUGUGACAAGCGUGGCUGGAUGGCAAUACAUGUUGCUGCAUUCUAUGGCUCAAUUCCCUGCAUCAGAGAGCUAUACAGGAAGGACCCUGAUCUUCUAGAGGCAGAAACAGCAGCUGAGUAUAAGUCUACUGUAUUGCUGCUCACUGCAAUAUCUGGAGCCCUCGUUACCCUUCAAUACCUUCUUUCUUUAGGAGCAAACUGGAAAAAAGUGGACAGCAUGGAAAACAACAUAAUCCAUUUAGCUGUGCUUUACUUCCAUACACACAUACUGAAAUACAUAAUAGAAUUAAAUAUUCCAGAACUCAAUGUAUGGCAGCAUCUUGUAGAAAUGUUGAAAUCUAAUGAUUCCCACAGGAGAGAAAUGGCAGCCAGAUGCUUGGAGGUUCUUUGCCUCCUGAAAGAAGAGUUUUGGAAGGACAUUUAUGAAGCAGGAACAUUUCCUUGCCUUGUCAACCUAUUAAAAAGUAAGCAAGUGAAUCUGGAAUGUGUAGCUGCAGGAACUUUAAGCAAUACCUCAAAUAAGGUUCCUGUCGCAAAGUGUCUAGUGGAAGCAGAAGCCAUACCAAUACUUAUCACACUGCUGCACUCCAAACAUCCUGAGCUUCAGUCCCGAUGUUCGGUGAUUUUAUAUGACAUUGCCCAGGUGGAUGGCAAUCAAGACAGCAUUGCACAAAUGAAUGGAGUUGCACCUUUGGUUAAACUGCUGCGUAAAGAUUUUGAAGAUGUAUUGGUAAAUGCUAUUAACUGCGUCCAAGUUUUAUGCAUUAAUAACCCAGCCAAUCAGAAGGCUGUCAAAGAUCUAGGAGGCAUUCCACUACUUGUGGACUUUCUAUCCAUUAACUCUGACGUGCUGUUAAAUGCAUCUUCAGCUGCUAUUGCAGAACUUGCUCGAGGAAACAAACAGCUCCAGGAUGCUAUUGCAAAGGAGAAUGCAAUUACCUCUCUUAUUGAUAUAAUUAGACUGAAGAAACUCGGUAACCAAGUGAAAGCUGCCAUGGCUAUAGAAGCUCUUGCUGAUCAUAAUACUGCCAUCCAAAAAGAGUUUUUGGAUAGAUCAACAUCAAGACACAUAUCAAAGCUCCUCAAAGUUUUUCAUCUAGAGGUUAGAGAACAAGGCUGCACGACACUUUGGGCACUGGCUGGUCAGACACGGAAACAGCAGAAGACAAUGGCAGAGCAGAUUGGCUAUAACUAUAUCAUUGACAUGCUCAUAUCACCUUCUGACAAGAUGCAGUAUGUUGGUGGUCAAGCAAUUAUAGCUCUGUGUAAGGAUAGCAAGCAUCACCAGGACCAAAUAUGUGAAGGUAAUGGUAUUGGUCCUUUGGUGCGACUGUUACGAAACCCCAAAGUGGCAGACGGAACACUUCUGAGCAUUGUGAAAGCGUUGGGGACAAUGUGUAUUGGUGUAGCUCUUAUAAAUAAUCCACUUACUCAGGAGAAGAUAGUGGAAGAACAAGCACUUCCAACUCUCGUUCAUCUUCUGAAAACUCACAGUUCUCUGAAAAUUAAGGUUGAAGCUGCUUGUACUAUAGCUUGUGUUGUUCUACAACAUUCUAGCCUGCAAUGUCUCUUGCAUGAGAGAGAAGGAUUUAAAUAUACUGAUGUUCUUAAUCUCCUCUAUGAAAGUGAUAAGGACAUAUGUUUACGGGCAGGCCAUGCAUUAGCUCUUUUUGCUUACAACAAUACCCUACAGCAGUUUUGUCUUCUAGAAAAUGGAGGAGUGGAAAUAGCCAUCUAUGAACCUUUCCUUCAGUCUGAGAAUGAUGCAGACAAAGCAUAUGCUGCAUUCCAGAUUGUUGUUUUGUCCAGAAUUAUUGUGGACAUGGAUCAAGUGACACUUUCUGCUCAAGGCGUGACAAUACUGUCCGAGCUCUUACAUGCAAAGAAGUCUGCCACGAUUGUACUAGCAGGGGAGCUGCUGGCUUCUUUGGCUCACACAAGAGCAGGCAUACCAGAAGUCAUAACUACAUUAGGAACUGUGGAGUGCCUUUGUAAUCAUUUAAAGUCUGAAGAAGAAGAGGUUCGUGUAGCCUGUGCUGAUGCAUUGGGAUAUCUAACAUUCAACCGUACUGCCUACCGCCAUCUUUUAACGGAGUGCAGGAAUGAACCAGUACUGUAUAAUCUGCUCAUCGACAACCUCAACAAAGAUGGCAGAAUAUCCAGACAUUUCACAGAAGAAUUUGAUGCUCAUCGAAAAAUAGGUCUACCCUCCCUCAGCUUAGUUAAAAAUGGUGGCCCUCCUAUAAACCCAUCAUCUUGGAAAGCAAAAGAGUUUGAAGUGAAGUACUGCUCCUCUAACAAUGGACAAGAGUGA